UGCAAAUUUUUCCAGAAUGAGAAAAAAGUGUCAUUGUGUGGAGUAGAGUGCGCUCUGAAAUAGCCAUGUUUGCUUUGCACUGUGUAAGGCUGUAAAACUAAAAGCCCUAUAGAGAAUCAUGGAAAUUAGAUUUACAGUUGGGUCGAUCCUCAUCUGGAAGAGGGCCAGAAUUUGAGGCCACCCAUCCAGAUGCUUGGCCUGACAGCACAGCCCAUCUGAAUAUGAACCACUACGCCAAUAAGAAGAGUGCUGCUGAGAGCAUGCUGGACGUGGCUCUGCUGAUGGCCAAUGCGUCCCAGUUGAAGGCAGUGCUAGAUCAAGGACCAAAUUUCACCUUUUACACCCCCGUCGUCAUCCUAAUCAGCAUUUCCCUUUGUCUUCAGGUCACUGUCGGCGUCCUGCUUAUCUUCAUAGUUCGAUGGAAUCUGAAUGAUGAGCAAAAGCACUGGACGUUAGACAUUAUGGAAAACUUGGCCACGGGCCUGGUUUUUAUCAUAGUGGUGGUCAACAUCUUCAUCACUGCCUUUGGAGUUCACAGGAGCAACUGACCAGUGAGUCCAAAAUCUGCAGAAAAUGACUGUCCUGCAAUGCUGUGGCCUUUCAGAGAGAAAACAGCAAACAGGAGAGAAACAGCAGCGGUGACAAAGGGGUCUGGUACGUAAACAACACAACAUUUGUUCCUAGUCGACAAACAGGAAAGUGGAGACAACAGCAGUCAGGCACAUGUGACCUCAUGCUGUCUGCCUCCUUUGCCGUCCGAAAGUUACCCUGAGCACCGGCCAGACACAAAUGCACAACCACAGUCACAGACACAUGCUGACAGCUGAACAGGUUUCAAUUUUUAAUUACACUGAUGACGUGUGAGCAGGAUGUCAUGGUUUAUUUUCCAGACAGCUCGGACUAGGAGGUUUGAUGCAUGUUGAGCAGGGUGUGCCUCAUCUGACUCAAAACUCUGCCUCACCCCUGCACCUUUAACCUGACCACCACAUCUGUCCCCAACCACAGGCGUCAGGCCGAACAUUCAAUUAUAACAAUGUUUGGUUAUGCCAUAACUCUAUUUUGCUAUGAGCAAAGCCGGAGUACGUCUGUGGUUCUCUGGACCAGCAGCUGGUGAUUCAGAGUCAACACUCUAGCAGAACUGCUUGUUAAAAUGGAAGCCUUAAUUAGACUGUGUUUCAGCAGUGUCACUGAAACCCCAAUUAGAGCCAAGCAAAUGCUCAUUUUAUACAGUUGGAUGGUUUAACAUGGGAGUACAGCAGCAGUUUAAGUAUCUGUUUUGCAUAAUUAUUUGCUCAACACCUGAGAAAUGUAUGGCUGAAAGUACAGUUUCCACAAUGUGAUCAUGACAAAGCACCUUUCCUAUGAUAAACAGACGUCACAAUUUCAGUCUUUCCCUCCUCCACAGCUAUCAUUGGUAACCGUGGAAACAGACAGACCAGCAGAGGACCAGAUUGAUGAUACGCACAGCUCCACGGAGGGCAGAUCUGUAGAUUGGUACAGUAUAUACACAUUGCUGCUGCCUGUGGUCUAUCUCAGCCAGCAAGUUCAACACGCUGGGACUGUGGGGCUCUGAGAUCAGAAGAUGCUGAUGAUCAACAGGGAGUUUUGGAUCUUCUGAAGCAGAAAUAUAUAUAGCUUUCUCAUGAGAACGCGGAUACCAGUAUUCCAAAUGAACAAUCAAGCUGGUGACACUUCCAACCUUCUUUUGCACCUCCCCAUGCCUUCUGCUUCUAACUGCCUCCCUCUGAUCUGUGGUUCUCUCUACAUGCAGAAGACAGAAGUGGAAAAGUGCAGCAAAUCUCCUGAGAGUCAGACACCUGAGCUCUCUUCCAGAGUUAUACUGUAUUACACAUGUUCGUUGUGGCCUAUUUACACAGGCUGUGAAUGUGAUAAAGCGGGUUCCCUUUCAGUAUGCAUUAGCCCAGUACACGUCAAACCUGCUAUUUCUUGAGCAGGAAAGUGAACAGCAAAUAACCGUUAAUCAAACUGACUUUAUUCAUUCUGUUAAUUCAGCUCUCCUUAUUAAUUUAUGAGGGCUUUCUGUUGCUGCUGAUAGUCGAUUUUAGAGAAUACCCAACCAUUUUCUAUGCUCUUCCUUACCAUUUUGCACCAAAUGAGUAAGCAGUGCCCUCUAGUGCAAUUAAUGAUAGUGUUCAUACAAUGAAAUAAAUGUUUUAUCCUCAUCUCCAUUUCAUGUUCGCUGUUUAAGCAAUCCACUGACUCUGGUAUCAUAAAGUAACAACCAGCUAAUUAUAAACUUUCCAUUCUCAAUAAUAUUUCACAUUAUUAUUAUUUUUAAAAAUUAUUUAUUUGCUUGUAUUUAAUUUUCAUUUAAUCUUCAUGGUAUGUUACAAAUGAAAUGUAAUUCUAAGUGAAGUCAAUGUUUUUUAAGUUUUAUUUUGACACAUUUUAACAUAUUUAUAGUACUGUUAAUCUUUACAUUUUCUCAGUUUCAUAAGGCACUUGGAUCAGCGGGUUACAAAAGAUAUAUAUUAUGUAUUAUGAAACUGACAUGUGUAAAAUACAUUGUUAAUUUCAAGUUAUUGGGUUACAUUUAAUGUAAAAGAGAAAAUUCUUACUUACAAGAGGUAUGUUUCUGUUUCACUGUGUGAGUUUAGGACACUCCUAGAAUAAUGUCAAUUUGAGUCUUCCAGAGAUUAAA